GAACAGGCAACAAAGAGUUUGAGACUAAAUUGGGCUGGAUUUAAAGUCGAGCAAACAAACUACAAUGAAGUCUGGAUCACACUUCAUUUAAAAACAAUGAGAGAACCGGAAGCCAAAGAAACAGUCCUGUAGCAGCUACACAGUAUUGUGUGUAAACUCUAACCACAUAACGACCACGGUUCGGUUCAGUGAAGCUUGUUUAUUUAUUGGUUUAUCUACCUACCUAGUAAUCGACCGACGUUAUCUAUCCACUGUCUUGGCAAGAAAGGAGUGAUUGAAAGAUAAGAAAUCAUUAAUAUGUUGCUGUAUUUACCUCAUAAAAUACUAGUACUUUUUUUUUUCCAACUGAACACUUACUCUACGCAAUACGCAAAAAGGAAACCCACAACCAAGAUUUUCUUACAGCGUUGCCGUUCCAUUCAGUCUCUAAGAUCCCCUACCAACGCUAGCUCAGCUCCUCACGGGGUCCUCUUUGUAUCUGAAGCAAACGCCGGACCUAUUCUGGUCUCAUUUCCUGUUCUGGCUGCUUUGGCAUACACACAAUAUCUCACAGCUCAUAAACAUUUGAGAAAACUGCGAAUGUAAAGAAACUUAUAGAUUUACAUUGUGCGCACCGUUUGGAUUUGCGUGAGUUGUCCACAGUUGUCUGGUCAGUCCUGCCUCAACAGCAAGAAAGCUUUAUGUGAAGUUUAACUGAAGAAAGAGAUGGAAAACUACAACUUGAAUGACCUAACGGUGCCUCCAACCUCAUAACCCAUUAAAACAAUACUAUAGACGGGGAGAGAGACAACUAGCAGACCACAGCAGCGGGAGAGGCAGAUGAAAGUUAUUCUUCGAAGAUAUCUAAGAGUAGGAAUGUCUGUUUACCAGUAGUCCUGUUUGCUUGCGAUCCUUGUAUAUUCUGACUUUAUAAAAUGAUGGUUGUCGUGUGCCUAUUCUUGAGGUGCAUUUUUGGAUACAGCUACUGAAGGUAGGUUUCAAGGUGUCAGACUCUAACGAGAGACCUGGGAUGGCAAGCACAGACAACAGCAGCAGUGGCAAUUGCUUGAUUGAUGAUUCCUUUAAGUACAACCUGUACGCGGCUGUCUACAGCGUGGUCUUUGCCCUCGGACUGAUCACCAACUGUGCCUCCCUUUUUGUCUUCUGCUUCCGCAUGAAGCUCCGCAAUGAGACCACCGUUUUUAUGACCAACCUGGCUGUGUCAGACUUGCUUUUCGUCUUCACCCUGCCUUUCAAGAUCUUCUACAACCUGAACCGCCACUGGCCCUUUGGAGAUGAGCUUUGCAAGGUCUCAGGGACGGCCUUUCUUACCAAUAUCUACGGCAGCAUGCUGUUCCUUACAUGCAUCAGUGUGGACCGCUUCCUGGCCAUUGUCUACCCUUUCCAUUCUCGUUCCAUAAGAACCAGGCUCAAUGCCGGGAUUGUGUGUGCUGGGGUCUGGCUGCUUGUCCUGGGAGGUGGGAUCUCUGUUUCUUUCUUCUCCACCACCAAUGUGUCCAACACUAGCACAACCUGCUUUGAGGGCUUCUCCAAGUCAACCUGGCGGACAUACCUGUCCAAGAUCACCAUCUUCAUUGAGCUGGUUGGCUUUCUCAUCCCUCUGCUCCUCAACCUGGCUUGUUCUUCAAUGGUACUCCGGACGCUACGCAAACCUGCCACCCUCUGCCAGAUUGGAACCAACAAGGAGCGUGUACUCCGGAUGAUUGUGGUGCACGUGGCUAUCUUCGUGGUCUGCUUCGUUCCCUACAACUCAAUCCUCUUUCUCUACGCCAUGGUGCGCUCCCAGGCAGUGGCCAGCUGCAGACUGGAGAGGUUCGUCCGGACCUUUUACCCCAUCACACUCUGCAUCGCCACCCUCAACUGCUGCUUUGACCCUUUUGUCUAUUACUUCACCUCUGAGUCCUUCCAGAAGUCCUUCAGCCACGGGAAGGUACAGAUCAAGAUGGACAACACGUUCAGGAGCGAGGUUCCCCUCUCCAGCAAGGACAGUCUGCCGUCCAUGCAGGAGGAAGGGGUCGUGGUUGACAGGACAGCCGUCAAUGGAAGAAAACUAGUAUUAGAGUCACAGUUCUGAUCCCAAUUGUUAAGGAGGGAUGGUGAGAGCAGGGGACCCAGUCCACCACAACAGGAAAGAUUUAUUAAAAGCAAGGCAGGAUGGACUUUUUUGAGAAGAAAAUAGGCCUGGCCAAAAAAGGAACUUUCUUUGGGGAAGGGAGAAGGGGAUGAGCAAAGCCCUUUAACUAACUUUUUUUGUACAGAUCCAUGUGUGACAUGUGCAAGUGUUGAGUCACAAAUGCAGUUUCAGUUGUAUUGAAGACCACAGCAGAGUGUGAACUGCCAAGUAAUGUGUAUGUGUUGAAGAAUUGUGUGUUCAACAGAAAACAACAGCAAUGCUGAAAUAACCUAACCCCAGGAUUGCAUUUUGAUUAUGGCACUGCUAUACAUAUAGCACCUUUUUAAAGAUUACUGCGUGCAUUUGUUAACUGCAUACAAUGACAUAAACCAAUUAUCUUUUAUCACUGCUGUUAUUUGUUUUGCUAUCUGGUUCAUUUUUAAGCUGUUCUAAUGAUUGUAUUACCAUUAUUAAAAUGUAAUCCUACGGUAAGGUUUGACAAUCUUUUUAUUAAAUAGCGUUAUAGGUCUUCAAAGGUCUCCUGCCUUCCAGCUUAGAGCUGUGUUUGAUGGCUACCAGCAGGGUACUAAGUUAAUCCCACUCAUGCAGCAGAUGUUAUCUUGCUGGUGUGUUACUAUUAGAGGUGGUUUAGAAAGCCCUUUGUUUAUAUAUCUCUGUACAAAGAUUGGGGGAUUUGGCUAAUGUUUAAUGUUCCAGAGCACUGUUAUUAUUAAAUGCAUUGUACAGUAAAGUUGUAACUUCAUUGGAACUAGCAUGUGAGUCAUAUAUAUACGUAUAGGUGAUUAUUACGCAAGAAAUACACUAUAAGGUGUCUUACUCAACCAUUAAAUAUCUAAUUACAUACAUAGAAGUUUACUAUGGUCAAUUAGCAGUGUGAGUGGAUUUGAUUUUGCUAUGCAUUUAACAUGGUAUACCAUACAGCAAUAAGAAAAAUAUUUAAAAUGCAAGGUCUUUUUUUGUUAACACCCUGGGAAAUACAGACAAGCAUGACAUUAUUGCGCUCUGUGGCUUAAAGUGUGACUAAAGCUGUUUCCAAGGCAACUGCUAUGAAGGAGGAAACACACAAACAAAAGCAGUGAAAGUUGAUUGGGGACAGCCCCCCCACACACACACACUCAGAGCAGUGUCUUGCAUAGAAUUUAGUUUCUCACUUGCUUGCCACUGAAAGAAACAAUUUGUACAAGCAACAGACCUAACAGCAAAUGUGGGCUAUAUGCAGUAUAUGUAUUUGCAUGUGUAAUGUGCAAGAAAUUAUAUAAGUUGAUGAUGUGUCCCCAGGUUAAAACAGAAAAGUAUAUUAACUGCUCUUAUAUCUGAUGGCCAAAGUUUUAGACAAACCUGUCUCUAAACCAUCUCUUUUAAAAUUCAGGAUGUAUGACAUUAAGGCUGCAUAUGCUGUAGAACUCUACAUUUUAUAAAUGGGAUUCAUAAACAGAGUAGAAGAUUAAAUAUUAAAAGAUUAGUGUUUUCCCACUGUGAAUAUCCAUAUACCUGGAAUAAAAGAACACUUUUUUGUUAAAUUCUUUCUGACAGUAAAGGUCUGUUUCUGACUAUUUAUCAACAAACUGUACAACCUAGCUGUGUUUUGUCAUGCCCAUUAACUCUUCAAUUUCUUUAACAAUGCUGGUUUCUUUUUAUUAAACAGAUGCAGUUUUAUUCAUAUUUUAAAACUGUCGCUUUCUGAAUGUCAGAUUUCUGUGAUAAAGAAGUUAUUA